AUGGCCGUAGAUGGCGGCGCUCUGAAAGAUAUCAAUGAGAUUAAAUCACAGUUCCGGACCAGAGAAGGCUUCUACAAGCUGCUCACCCUUUCGGACUCCCAGCAGCGGGGCGGACUGCCGAGGGGUCCCUCCGCUGGGGCCACGCUGGGCCCGGCGACUGGAACCGGCCCGAUACCGAGCGGAGGUGUCGGGCUGCUCCAGGGGCCGGGAGCUGCCGCUGCUGCCGUCGCCGCAGCCGCCGCUGUCGCCUCCUCGUCGAAUGCCGCAGCCAACUCCUCCCCGGCGGGUUUCCUGCCGCCGGUGCGAGUCUCCAUGGUUAAGCUGCAGCCAGAAGACCCGGGCGAGGAGUCGGAGCGGGUGUGCUUCAACAUUGGCAGGGAGCUUUAUUUCUACACGUACACCAACAUUAAAAAGGCGGUGGACCUGAGCAAGCCCAUUGACAAGAGGAUUUACAAGGGCACGCAGCCCACAUGUCAUGACUUCAACCAGUACUCUGCGUCGGCUGACAGCGUGGCUCUCAUUGUGGGUUUCUCGGCCGGACAAGUGCAAUACCUGGACCCCAUCAAGAAGGAGACCAGCAAGCUUUUCAAUGAGGAGCGUCUGAUCGACAAAUCCAAAGUGACGUGUCUGAAGUGGCUCCCCAAGUCUGAAAACCUGUUCCUAGCCUCUCACGCCAGUGGCCACCUCUACCUCUACAAUGUGGAGCACUCGUGUGGCACAGCAGCGCCUCAAUACUCACUUUUGCGGCAAGGCGAGGGAUUUGCCGUGUACGCCUGCAAGACAAAAACACCCCGGAACCCUCUUCUACGCUGGGCGGUGGGCGAAGGUGGCCUCAAUGAGUUCUCCUUCUCGCCUGACGGCGUCCACGUUGCCUGCGUAGGCCAGGAUGGCUGCCUCCGGGUCUUCCACUUUGAUUCCAUGGAGCUCCAGGGCGUAAUGAGGAGUUACUUUGGAGGCUUGCUGUGUGUCUCCUGGAGCCCCGAUGGAAAGUACCUGGCCACUGGGGGUGAGGAUGACCUAGUCACCGUGUGGUCAUUCGCCGAGAGCCGUGUGGUGGCCCGCGGACACGGACACAAAUCCUGGGUCAACGUUGUGGCGUUCGACCCCUUCACCACAUCUUUGGAGGACGAAGAGCCAAUGGAGCUCAGUGGCAGUGAGGAGGACCUCCACCAGGGUGGGGUGCCCAACAAUACCACCCCGCACUUUGGGCGGGUGCGUACCAGCAGCACCCUGUCACGGCUCUCCCGGCACAGCUCCAAGGGUGGCGGCUCGGCAGCUGUCACCUAUCGAUUUGGAUCUGUGGGCCAGGAUACCCAGUUCUGCUUGUGGGACCUCACAGAUGACGUUCUGUAUCCCCGUCUGCCGCUUUCCCGUGCUUUUACCAACACAUUCGGACCAACGUUGCCCAACUCCAGUGGUGGCGGUGUGGAAGGCCAUCACCACCCGCCGGUUGUCGGCACCUCCAACCCACCCACGCUGCCUCUACCGCUCCCUCGCUCCCUCUCCCGGUCCAAUUCGCUUCCUCACCCAGCUGUCGCAAACACCUCCAAGAGCCAGGGUACCACGGAGAGUGGCACUGGCGGAACAGGAAGUGGGACCGGUACAACAGGUGGCGGCCCGGGUAACACUGCACCAUUCAGCAUCGGCCGCUUUGCUACCCUAUCCCUCCAGGAGCGCAAGUCGGACAAGUCGGUGGUAGGGGGCGGGGUGGAGAAAGAACAUAAGCGCUACCACAGUCUGGGUAAUAUAAGCAAGAGUAACGAUAAGAUCAACGUGGCACCGCGGGGCAGCGGGCGCCUGGAUGCCGCCAAGGUGCUAGGCACCACGCUGUGCCCGCGCAUGCACGAGGUGCCACUGCUGGAGCCCCUGGUGUGCAAGAAAAUCGCCCACGAGAGACUCACUGUGUUGGUCUUCAUGGACGACUGCAUCAUCACGGCGUGCCAGGAAGGGCUCAUCUGCACAUGGGCCAGGCCUGGCAAAGCGAAUUUGACAGCACAGAACGGUAACUCUCCGAGUGGCACCGUGGUAUAG